AUGGUGUUGGAUGAUAUUUUCUAUGAUCUUCAAUCCGAGGAUGAAAUCCAGGCUGUGAUAAAAGAAGUGGAAGAGCUUUUUGAUACUCUUUGUUCAUCAAAAAGCCUCUAUACUACUAUAACUAUAUAUGAAAUUAAUGAUUUUUUUUUUUCAAUCUUAGGUAAUGCUCAUCAAAAAGUACCAACAUCAGAACAUGAUAAAAGAGAAGAAGAUUUCAUUCUUUCCAAUCUAAAUGACACUUCAAAAGAUACAUAUACCCGCGCAGGAAAUUGUCUUACUUUGAAAAGAUUUGUUGUACUGAGAGGAGUUCAGGGAUCUGGCAAAACAUAUUUAGCAAAAAAAUUAGCCGGCAAUAUAAAUCAGAUAUCUAAAACUGAAUGUCAAGUACACUGGUUAAAUGAUGUACUGGAAAAUAAAAUUCCUAGCUUAACAACUAAAACACUGAUAGUGUUAGAUGAUAUUUUCUAUGAACUUCAAUCCGAGGAUGAAAUUCAGACUGUGAUAAAAGAAGUGGAAGAGCUUUAUGAUAAUGUUUGUUCAUCAAAAAGCCUCUUUACUAUUAUGACAAUACCCACACUUGUAUGGAAGAGAAAUUCGGAUAAUUUUCAAAAUAAAAGAUGUCUUAGAAUUUAUGUCGAUCUAGACACAUUGAGUACAGAAGAAAGAAUGGAUAUUUUACAUGAACAUCUAAAUCGUAGUGCUAUUAAAGACGAAGGAAUUCAAACAAAGGGUAAGCUCAUGAUGAGAGAAAUCGUUAAAUCGGCUAUUAUAAAUUUUGAAAGAUAUGACUACAUCGGAUAUCCCUCUUGCGUAGCUUGGAUCAGUAGAAUGCAGAAUCAAUUUGAUUUGCACGAUGCAGGCAGAUUUAUUGAAGUACCAAUAACGAGGAUUAAAAGCGAGAUCUAUCGUUUAAGUAACGCUAAAAAUAUCAAAGAAAGAAAAAUGUUUUUACUUCUAGCUUUUAUGGCUUUCAAUGAUGGAAAACUGAACGUCAGAAAACUCAGUGAGAAUCUAAUGGAGUUUGCCAGAAUUUUAUUUCCAGAUGAUAAUUGUAGAGAUUUAACUUUACUGGAAAACGACUCAAGUGUCUUCUGUUUACAGGAAAAGUAUAUAAGAUAUAUCUAUGAUGGAAUCUAUGAAUUUUAUUUGGAUGUUGUGAGAAAAAUAGUCUUUGUAGCAGCCUUGGAAAAAGACGUAGAAGCUUUAAAGAAGAAAGUGAGCCAAUAUAUGUGGAAGCGAUUUGUUGUUCAAAAAGCAACAUUGCCAGCUGAUUUGAAAAAUGGUGAACUUACACAUAUGUUUGUAAAACUGUGA